AUGCGUGUUUAUUUUCGCGUGGAUGAAAUCAUGCAUUAUAAAAGUGAAAGUCCCGCAUCAACCAUACCGGUCCCAGACCCUCGCCUUCCUCUUCCCUCAACUCUCGUUACCCAUGGCAUCAUUCGCUAUCAUAACGACGCAGCGUUGGCUACUGCAGCGCUAUACCAACUUUCUAGUAUCAGUAAUGCACUUACGCUUGUUACCAUUGUAUGCAAUUAUUGCGGUGUUUACGAUUUGGCACGAUCACCGAUAUUGGCUAAGAAAGACGAAAUGUGA